GAGAAUGACGAUGCCGAGCUACAAACAGCGUCUAUCUUUGGUUCAGCAAAAGCAAGUCAAGAAGCAGAUAAUGUUAUCAUUUUGCAAGAUAAGAAAGGAAAAAACGCAGGAAAAUAUCUGCAGGUAUGGGAAGAACAGGGGAACCAGUGUGAAAAUGCUAUCUAUGCAAAAUUUACCAAAUCAGUUCUAUAAUAUUUACUAUAAUGGUGUUAAAAUCCUAAAAUUCUGUAGUGCUAAGUUACCUGCUUUAGUAACUUUUCAUGAGCGCUUGUACUGGUUAAAUUACUGAACCUCAUAUUUCUAUUUGUCUGUUAGGUUACUAAAAACCGCUUUGAUGGCACACUGGGGAAAGUCUACUUAGAUUUCAACCGAGAUUCACUGACCAUGUCAUCCUACCAAGGAACCACCACGACCACUGUGUCAUGUAAGAAAGACAACAAGUUUAUACGAAGUGUCAAGCCUCCUAAAACAGGCCUGAGCUCCAGAAAGACUAAGAUUGAGGGUGAGAAUGAAGAAAGGGGAACCGGUGGUGAACGUGGAGGAAAUCCGGAAAUCGAGAAAAGAGGAACCUCAAAGAGAAAAACGUAAGUUCUGAAUCAUCUGUUACAUCAAGCACUAGUGUGGUGCCAAGCAAGAAUAUAAAGGAGUCAAAUUCCUAUUCAAGCAGCGAAAUUGAAGAUUAAUAGUGAAAGUGGGUUAAAAGAUGAAAAUCAGAAAGAUAAACACAAUACUGAAUCUUCAGCGAAAUCCAAUGCUCCUGUGGUGACAGGCAGUCAUAUAAAGCACGUGAAUUUAAGCACAAAUUCUGUUGAACCAUCUGGUCAAGCAGUGAGGCUGAAAAAAGACGAGAAUUCAAAAGGAACUGCCUUAAGACUUAAGUACGAAAGCGAUGCGUUUUAA